UCCAUCUUCGCUCUGGUCUUUCAGCCCCUCUCACCAGCUCUUCCCUUUACCGUCUGGCAAGCUCUUCCACGCAAGCUUGCUCGCCCAUCUCAACACCGGUCUUGCACCUCGCAUCUGCUCCCCCUCGAGCCCUCUCUCCGCCCUCUCUAGCUACCAACCGUCCAUCACAACCGCCAAGAUGUUUAUGGCAAGAUCCGAAUACGACCGGGGAAUCAACACCUUCUCCCCCGAAGGCCGGCUCUUCCAGGUCGAAUACUCCCUCGAAGCCAUCAAGCUCGGCUCCACGGCCAUCGGCGUCGCCACCUCGGAGGGCGUCAUCCUCGGUGUUGAGAAGCGUGUCACCUCGACCCUCCUCGAGACCUCGUCCGUCGAGAAGAUUGUCGAGAUUGACCGUCACAUUGGCUGCGCCAUGUCUGGCCUCCAGGCCGACGCCCGCUCCAUGGUUGAGCAUGCCCGUGUCGAGUGCCAGUCCCACUCCUUCAACUACAACGAGCCUCUUCGUGUCGAGAGCUGCACCCAGGCCAUCUGCGACCUUGCCCUGCGCUUCGGCGAGGGUGCUGACGGUGAAGAGACCAUCAUGAGCCGUCCUUUCGGCGUUGCCCUUCUCAUCGCUGGCUUCGACGAGGACGGCCCCCAGCUGUUCCACGCUGAGCCCAGUGGCACCUUUUACCGCUACGACGCCAAGGCCAUCGGCUCUGGCUCGGAGGGUGCCCAGGCCGAGCUUCAGAACGAAUACCACAAGUCUUUGACUCUCACAGACGCAGAGACUCUUGUCCUCAAGACGUUGAAGCAGGUCAUGGAGGAGAAGCUAGAUGCCAAGAACGUGCAGCUGGCUAGCGUAACCCGGGAGAAGGGCUUCAGAAUAUACACAGACGAAGAGAUGGCCACCGUCGUAGAGCGGCUGCCUGCCAACUGAUGAGGUUGCUUAAUGAUGAACAGAAUCCACGAAUAGACAGACAGAGAAUCUUGAUCUUGGCGUAUCUUGGGUCGGCGUGCAACCGCGAGUUACCAAGGCAUCCAGGGAAGAAGUUGUAGACAAAUACCUGGGCGCCCAUGGAUGGCCUUCUGAGGAUGACCCCUCUUAUGUAUCAUUAAUGUAUGGAUCCAAUGGGUACCCAGAAAUGAUCCGCCCAAGCAUCUUGAUUCCUACCACCCGCAUC